AUGGUCUCCCGAUCCUCCGAGGGGGCUGAGGGGCCUCCCCCGUCGGCCCCCAAACCGCCCAACACGCCCGCCAAAUCCAGACUGUCCAGACUCGGCUCUAGUCCAUCGAAACGAGAAGACAAGUCAAGAGAUGACCGGAUGAUCAAGUCGUCCGCGAAGGACGUUGCAGAACUCAAAGACUAUGUACGUCGAUACCUGCGGUUUGCGAGGGCACCAAAUACUGACCAGGACCUCGUGAAGCAACUGGGUGACUGUCUGGGCAAAGGCGCAUUCGGGUCGGUCUAUCGGGCGUUGAACUGGAAUACCGGUGAGACUGUGGCCGUCAAGCAAAUUAAACUUGCCGACCUGCCAAAGAGCGAACUGCGGCUAGAAAUAGAUCUCCUGAAGAACCUAGAUCAUCCGAACAUCGUGAAAUACCAGGGUUUCGUGAAGUCUGCGGAAACUCUAAACAUCAUUCUCGAAUACUGCGAAAAUGGGUCCUUGCAUUCGAUUGCGAAGAACUUUGGCCGUUUCCCAGAGAACCUGGUGGGUUUGUACAUGUCCCAGGUCCUCCAUGGCCUCCUAUAUCUGCAUGAACAGGGUGUCAUACAUCGGGAUAUCAAAGGGGCAAAUAUCCUUACCACAAAAGAAGGUCUCGUCAAGCUGGCCGACUUCGGUGUGGCCAGCCGCACUACUGGUCUGAGCGAGUCGAGUGUGGUCGGUACUCCCUACUGGAUGGCUCCUGAAGUGAUUGAGCUUUCAGGCGCGACAACGGCGUCUGAUAUCUGGUCUCUUGGGUGUACUGUCAUCGAAUUGUUAGAAGGGAAGCCUCCUUAUUAUAACAUGCAGCCGAUGCCGGCUCUCUUCCGGAUUGUCAACGAUGACCAUCCUCCACUCCCGCAGGGUGCUUCUCCGGCCGUAAAAGACUUCCUGAUGCAAUGUUUUCAGAAAGACCCCAAUCUUCGUGUUUCUGCAAGGAAACUACUCAAACAUCCUUGGAUAGUGAAUGCCAGGAGGUCCGAUUCAGUGGUUCCCAAAAGUUCAACGGAAUACGAAGAAGCGGUCCGAAGUGUUCAGGAAUGGAAUGAAGCGCUCCGGUCGCCCAGUGCUGGAACACUACGGAGACCAGUCAAGCACGACCAGAGCCCAAUCCCAGUACCGCCAACGAGACAUACACCCACGAAGGAUACCUUGCCAAGCCCAGUCUCGAGGAAUGUAACAGAUCGGUUCAGGUCUCCUGUUCCUACUGAGGAAGAAGAAGACAAUUGGGACGACGAUUUCGCUACGGCCAUCUCCCCCAGCGCUUUACAAUUGCCUCAUCUCCGUCCGCACGAUAACUUCGGGGGAAUGCUAUCCUCAGAGAAGCUCAAGGCAUUUGCCUCUCUUGAUGGGACCAUGAUCAAAUCUGAUGAUAGUUUCGGCGACAGUGACAGCUCAUUUGGGAGCUCUCGACGAUCUGACGAGCCGGAUCCGCUAGAGACGAUCCGACCCUAUCCGCUAAAGCAGCCUACUGCCGAGAGCACACAGUUGCAGGAGUUGCCACGGAGUCAGAUCAAUAAGACCUCUAUGGCUUCUAUGCAUCACGUCCCCAUCCUCACACAGAACCCCACACCGCCAACGAAGCAACCACGACCGGCAUCAUACUAUAAAGAAAAUUCUAUUGAGGAUUAUUCGGACCUCAUUCAGGCCAAUGAAGACGUUCUGGACAGUAAACUCGGUGCUUUUCAGGAGGCGGAUGAGAACGUCGAUCCUUUUGAGAGCUCCCCCUCGAAGGAAGCCAUCCGUAACCGGGCGUCCGCAGAGGACGUUAUGGGCCAACAACCGCAACUAAGAAAACAGAUCUCCGUCAAACGUCACAGGUCCGCGGUCGAGAUUCAAAGGUUCGCCGAGAACGAGAGAGACGAGGACUUUUCUGACCUCUUGGGUACGGAUGAGGUCAUGAUAGAUCAGCCAGAAAGCGACGGGAGCUCAGACCAAAGCACCUUGAUGCUUAAUUCCAAGCUGUCGAACAACUCCUGGCUUGGGGAUCAAGACGACGAGGACGAUCCAUUUGCCCAACUUGAGGAGGGCUUAGAUGAGAUGGAUCUGGAAGCCAACAUAGCACGCGAUAAACAUGCCCGGCUCCGCAACCAGGUCGAAGGGCUUGUCAGCUCGUUGAAAACGUCGCAGGAUGAGGAUGUUCUCGCUGAAAUCUCAGAACAGCUGUUGACUGUCUUCUGUGAUUUCCCAGAGACCAAAAACAUCAUCAUAAGUGCCCACGGAAUGCUCCCCAUCCUGGAAAUUCUCGACAUGUGCCGACGGCGAGAUAUUACCUCGUGUCUACUGAAAAUUGUCAACGCAAUCAUAUACAAUGACUACGAGAUACAGGAGAAUCUUUGCUUCGUGGGUGGCAUUCCCAUCAUCAAUGAGUUCGCAUCGAAGAAGUAUCCUCGGGAGAUUCGACUUGAAGCUGCCGCGUUUGUCCAGCAGAUGUAUCAGACGUCGACCCUUACUCUGCAAAUGUUUGUCAGUGCCGGAGGUCUGAAUGUGUUGGUUGAAUUUCUGGAAGAUGACUAUGAAGACGAGCGCGAUCUGGUCCUGAUUGGCGUGAACGGUAUUUGGAGCGUUUUUGAACUACAGGGCUCAACACCGAAAAACGAUUUCUGCAGGAUCCUCUCACGAAAUUCGGUCUUGGAUCCCCUCUCCCUGGUUCUGAGUAGGGUGCUUGAUGAAGAUGGCGAGUUAGCCGAGAUCGUUGAAGGACGUAUCGCAAACAUCUUUUUCAUCUUUUCUCAAGCCGAGAACCAUGUGAAGGAGAUGGUUGCGGAGCGAACAGUUCUCCACAGGGUCCUGAAAGAGCUGAGGCGUAUGACUCCGGCUCACCAGAUAACUAUGUUGAAGUUUAUCAAGAACCUCUCGAUGCUAUCCACGACCCUGGACUCUCUUCAGAACUCAAACGCCAUCGACGUUUUGACGGACUUGCUGAGGGCGACAAUGAAACGUCCACAUUUCCGUGAAGUCUCGAACCAAAUCCUCAAUACGAUCUACAACAUGUGCAGGUUGAACAAGUCCCGACAGGAGGACGCAGCUCUCAAUGGCAUAGUUCCAUUGCUUCAGAAGAUCGUCAAGACCGAACGACCGUUGAAGGAAUUUGCGUUGCCGAUUCUCUGCGACAUGGCACAUUCCGGUAAAGUUGGCCGGCGCGAGUUAUGGCGCAACAAGGGACUGGCAUUCUACAUAUCACUGCUUUCAGAUCCUUAUUGGCAGGUUACUGCGUUAGAUGCUAUCUUCACUUGGUUGCAAGAAGAAACGGCCAAGGUUGAGGAGCAUCUCUUGGAUCACCGUCCUGAUAGACCAUCAUUCACCGACUCUAUUGUGAGAUGCUUGACCAUAUCUAAAGCAAACGCUUUCGAGAACCUUUUGGAGCCCCUGCAGAAACUUCUUCGUCUGAGUCCUCCGAUUGCCUCGACUCUUGCGCGGCCCGAUCUCUUCACUAGGAUCGGUCAGAAGCUCCACCACAGCAAAGCUGCGGUUCGACUGAACCUACUGCGCAUUAUAUCUAGUAUCUGCGACUCCAGUGAGGAACAGGGAGGCCUUCUUGCCAAGUACGGUCUUUUGGACGCCAUUCGUGAACUUGAACAUGAUCCUGCAAUUUUGGUGCGGGAUAUGGCAGGUAAGCUUAUUCAAUCCAACGAGAAAAGCGAAGCCUAUGGGAUGGGGAAGCGCAAACCCAUGGUGAGACGAAGAAGCACUUCUGCCACUCCACCAAACCUUCUGGCGAAUCAGUCUGCUCCGUCGACUCCUCAGAUGAAUCGGACUAGUCAGUCCAAGGCAUACUAUGAGGGUAAAGAAGGCUCUCGACACCCACGAAACGCUCUUAGUGGCUCUGCUUUGGCGCUGAGGCCCGGCAGUCGAGAUGGCUCAACCCCUAGUCUUACGGCGGGGCUCAAUGGAAGCACUGGUGCGUCGAGGACUCGCCUUCCGCGAGGCGUGUCAAAUCGAAUGUCUCAUGUCGACCUCUUGUCUGAAGAAGAUUCAGCUCGACCCUCCAGCUCACUGUCUCGUCGACAAUCUGUUCUUCACCGGCGGAGGCGUCAAACCCAAGCAGAUGCGGAUUGGACACCGUGA